AUUACAUUUGUUGCUGAUCGCCACCGGAUUCGGUGUCAUACAUUUAUAUUGAAAAGAGACGUCUAAGUCCCUGCGCAACAAGUAUGCGACACUUCUUCCGACGAAUUUUUAGAUUUCGUCAACACCCUACAUCCCGAAGUCCACCCGAGAGACGCAAUAUGAGUUCCACUACUGUAGCGGUUCUUUACGCCCUCACACUCUCGGUACCUCCAAUUUCCGAUGGUCCUGAAGAGGCAAAGGAGAAGAAGCACCAUGUCCCAGGAGGCUUCACGAAUCCGUGGGAUUCAUACAAGUCGCCCGCUGUUCUGCGUUUUUUCCUCCGUCAAAUAAAUGGUCAAGCAAACCGACCUGACACCACGCCCCCAACCGUGCCUGUUCGGAAACCAGAAUUUUUGCCUAGCAGGGAAACCCCGAAAUUACGGGCAACUUGGUUGGGUCAUGCCUGCUAUUAUGUCGAGUACCCCAGUGGUCUGAGAGUAUUGUUUGACCCCGUUUUUGAGGACCGUUGCUCGCCAUUUUCUUGGCUGGGUCCCAAGCGUUACACGGAAAUGCCCUGCCAAAUCAAGGAUAUCCCCGUUAUCGAUGCUGUGGUCAUCUCCCAUAACCAUUAUGAUCAUUUGUCUUACCCGACUGUAAAAGAAAUCUCCAAGCGUCACCCAAAUUGCCAUUUCUUCGUCCCUCUGGGCAAUCAGAAGUGGUUCGAAAGCUCUGGGAUCGCCAAUGUGACCGAAUUAGACUGGUGGGAGGAGCGCGACAUUGUUCUCUCGCCGUCGCAACCCACAGAGACAAAGGUCCAAGAAUCUGCUAGGGAUGUUGCGUCAAGCCCAGCUGAUAUUAGAGCGCGAGUUGGCUGCUUACCGUGCCAGCAUACCAGCAAUAGGGGCGUAUUCGACCGAGCAAAAACGUUGUGGGCUUCGUGGUAUAUUGAAUCAGGAGGGCGCAAGGUCUACUUUGCCGGAGAUACUGGCUAUAGAAGUGUGCCUGAGCUACCUGAGAGUACAGAUGACCAUGUACCGCAAUACAACUUCCCGGUUUGCCCUGCCUUCAAACAGACAGGCGAGUUCCGCGGACCGUUUGAUCUGGGAUUGAUACCAAUUGGAGCCUAUGGACCUCGCUUUGUUUGGAGCCCUGUGCAUGCUGACCCUCACGAUGCAGUCCAGAUAUUUCAGGAUACCCAAUGCAGAAAGGCUCUGGCUAUGCACUGGGGCACCUGGGUUUUAACAGAGGAAGACGUACUUGAGCCGCCUAAAAAGUUGAGAAAUGCGCUGAAGAAGCAUGAGAUUCCUGAGGACGGAGUUUUUGACAUUUGUGAGAUUGGGGAAAGUCGAGAAUUUUGAGAGGAGCAUUAUUGGAACUAAA